AUGGCUCCGAAGAACAAUAUUACAACCGAUAAAGUGCAAAAUCCAGCCAGCUCUCAGGAUGUCGAUGUGGACCCAAACAACACAAAUAUAUCAUCGGGAUCAGGCAUUGAUGAGACUGCAGAAUCUGUACCAUCAGGGGAGGCAGAACUCAUUAUUACAUUGGAAUUAUCACAUGACAACCAAGCUGCCGCACCUAAUUUUCCCACUUAUGCUGCACCCUCACCCAGUCCAACUUCCAUGAAAUUGAAAACAGAGAGAGCACCGCUUCCUAAAUUUGAUGGAAAUGUUCGAAAUUAUCCGGAGUUUCGUAGAGAUUUAAAAUUUUUGGUGGAAAAGCAAUACACAACUCAGGAAGCCCUUUAUGUUCUUCGUAGCUGCCUGGACAAAAGCAGUGCCGACCUGAUAAAAUGCAAGGAGGACUACGAUGCUGCAUGGGAAAAAUUAGACUGA